ACAUCCGGCGGUCGCUGUCCGUCGGGGGAGGCUGAGGUAGGAGGCUCCUACUCCUGGAAACUGAGUCAAGUGCCGGCUCCCUGGUGCUGGAAAAGCGAGGGCCAGAGCGAGCAGAGAGGGAGCAGGGAAGCCGGUCCUCGCCAUUUCCUUCAGGCCUCCUGUCCAUUGGGUGACCCCGGCCCGGCCCAGCCCAGCCCAGCCCAGCCCAGCCCAGGCCAGGCUGGUCCCGAGGUCCAGCUCCCGCCUCCCCCAUGGAGCCAGAGGAGGAGGAGGCCGAGACUCGCCAAGGAGCCGCUGCCGCUGCCCGGCCCUGAGCCCCGGAGUCCUGGUUCUCCCUGUCAUAAAGACCAUGGAGAAGAAGUUGGAAGUCGAAGUAGACAUCAAUUCCUGGAUUUUAUCAGGAGGUUGUUGGCAAAGACCUGCAAAGUGGCUGAAAACCCUGCAUCUAUUUUAUGCAUGUCUUUGUCUCAGUGUUUUGUGUUCAUCAACAGAUGCCAGUGGGAGUAGGUGCCAUCUGGGGAACACUCAACUUGGGGUCAGCCUGCGGUCUUGGGGAGAAAAUCACCUCCAGCUUCUAGAGGGAGCUCAUUCUCUACAAUCAUGUUGGGCGGCCUGCUGCCAGGACCACAACUGUCAUGUCUUUUGGUGGUUGGAAAAUCUGUGCAUGAAGGUGAACUGCAAUGAUCCCCAACGCUGCCAGAUCUCUAGGACAGACACUUCUUACUCCAUGUUGGUGUCUUUACGUAAAGUACAAACUGCAGAAGAUUUCAAUUUCCCACCUGAAGGAGAUACCAUGCACCUUCUAGGGCUAGGAUGGAGCAGGGCACUACAGAGGACCCAGAGAUCAUCCAAUUAUGAGCUGCUCUUGGGGAAGUCAUCAUCUCCUGGUGGUCACAGGAGUUCCAAAAAGAAACCUCAGCAAAGAAACCUUUCCAGUGAUUUUGGCCCUGGGCUUCCUACAGAAACAGUAAUGGAAUUCACUAGUGAGAGGGGGUCAAGUAAAGCCACUGAGAAGGAUCAGAAAAUUCCAGGAGCCAUUGAACCUGGAGGUAAUACCCUCCCAAACCAAGAAAACGUCUCCUCGGCCGACUUCAGAAAGUCAAAGCUGCAUUCGGAAAUGAAUAACUCCAGGGAUCUAGGCAGUGCAAACACCAGCAACUCUGCAAAGGCCCACAAGGAAUUUUCCAAGCUGCUGGAAUCUCCUGAUCUGGAUACCUCUUCCAGUCCCUUAACCCUGGGCCUGACAGCUACAGGGAAAACAGAGAAUCUCACUUUGCUGACCAUUACAUCUGUCCAGCCUGAAAUCUCAGAGGAGUUGAUUCCUACUCCUAGUUCUUUGUCAGGAAGAAGCUCUGAGACUAAUGGCAUCACUACCCUUUUGCCUAUGAUUCUGUCCCAUCGUGAUAACAUCCCUACUCACCAGACCACCCCUACUUCUUUCCCAAGCACUGUGGCAUCAACCCCAGGUAUAGAUGAAUUGGUAGUAUCUGCAGGAGACAAUGUAGAGAUGACGUUGCCCAAAAACGAAGUUCAGUUAAAUGCAUUUGUCAUCCCAGCACCAGCAGAAGGCGAAAGCUACUCCUACGAAUGGAAGCUGAUUACUCAUCUUACAAACUACAGUGGGGAAAUGGAAGGCCAGCAUUCACCGUUCCUCAAGCUCUCCAAGCUCACUCCUGGUCUGUAUGAAUUCAAAGUGGUUGUACAUGGCCAGAAUUCUUAUGGGGAGGGAUAUGUGAAUGUGACAGUAAAUCCAGAACCCCAUGUGAAUCAGCCCCCUGUUGCUGUUGUGUCACCACAAUUCCAGGAGAUCUCUCUGCCAACCACUUCCACAGUCAUUGAUGGCAGCAAAAGCACUGAUGAUGAUAAAAUUGUUCGGUACCACUGGGAAGAACUGAAGGGGCCCCUGAGAGAAGAAAAGGUAUCUGAAGACACAACCAUAUUAAAACUGACCAACCUGGUCCCGGGAAACUAUACCUUCAGUCUGACAGUGGUGGAUUCAUUUGGAGCCAGCAGUUCAACUACGGCCAGCCUGACUGUGAACAAGGCAGUGGAUUACCCUCCUGUGGCCAAUGCAGGCCCCAACCAAGUGAUUACCCUUCCUCAGAAUUCCAUCACCCUGUAUGGGAAUCAGAGUACCGAUGAUCAUGGCAUUGCCAGCUAUGAGUGGUCUCUCAGCCCAAGCAGCAAAGGGAAGGUUGUAGACAUGCAGGGUGUGAGAACCCCAGCUCUGCAACUUUCUGCAAUGCAAGAAGGAGACUACACCUAUCAGCUCACUGUGACUGAUACAGCAGGACACCAAGACACCACCGAGGUCAUUGUUAUCGUCCAGCCAGAGAACAACAAGCCACCCCAGGCAGAUGCUGGCCCAGAUAAAGAACUGACCCUUCCUGUUGACAGCACAACUCUGGAUGGUAGCAAAAGCCUGGACGACCAGAAAAUCAUCUCAUACCUCUGGGAAAAAACGCAGGGCCCUGAUGGUGUGCGACUUGAAAAUGCCAACAAUUCCAUAGCAACUGUGACUGGCCUCCAGGUGGGAACCUAUAUAUUCACCCUGACUGUCAAAGAUGAAAGGAACCUGCAGAGCCAAAGCUCCGUCAGCGUCAUUGUCAAAGAAGAAAUGAACAAGCCACCAGUGGCCAAAAUAGUUGGGAAUGUAGUAAUAACUCUGCCCACCAAUACAGCUGAGCUGGAUGGCUCCAGGUCCUCCGAUGACAAGGGCAUAGUCAGUUAUCUCUGGACAAGGGAUGAAGGAAGCCCAGCAGCAGGAGAAGUAGUAAAUCACUCUGACCAUCACCCCAUUCUAUUCCUCUCCAACCUGGUGGAAGGAACUUACACAUUCCACUUGAGAGUGACUGAUGCAAAGGGUGAGAGUGACACAGACCGGACGACUGUGGAUGUGAAGCCUGACCCCAGGAAGAAUAACUUGGUGGAGAUGAUCCUGGAUGUCAACGUCAGCCAGCUGACAGAGAGGCAGAAGGGGAUGUUCAUUCGGCAGAUUGGCGUCCUCUUGGGGGUGCUAGAUUCUGACAUCACUGUGCAGAAGAUCCAGCCCUACACAGAACAGAGCACAAAGAUGGUGUUUUUUGUACAGAAUGAGCCUCCACACCAGAUCUUUAAAGGCCGUGAUGUUGCAGCGAUGCUCAAGAGUGAGCUGAGGAAGCAACAAACAGACUUCCUGAUCUUCCGAGCUCUGGAAAUCAAUACAGUCACAUGUCAGUUGAACUGCUCUGAUCAUGGCCGCUGUGAUUCUUUCACCAAGCGCUGUAUCUGUGACCCUUUUUGGAUGGAAAACUUCAUUAAAGUACAACUGAAAGAUGGAGAGAGCAACUGUGAAUGGAGCGUCCUCUAUGUCAUCAUUGCCUCGUUUGUCAUUAUUGUUGCAUUGGGGAUCCUGUCCUGGACUAUGGUCUGCUGCUGUAAGAGGCGAAAAGGGAAACCCAAGAGGAAAAGCAAGUACAAGAUCUUGGAUGCCACAGAUCAGGAAAGUCUGGAGCUAAAACCAAACCCCAGAGCAGGCAACAAGCAGAAAGUCCCCAUCCUGAACACUAGCCUGAUGCACUCCGAGUCUGAACUGGACAGUGAUGAAGCCAUCUUCACCUGGCCAGACCGAGAGAAGGGCCGAUUACUUCGAGGCCAGAAUGGUUCUCUGCGCAAUGGACAGGCUCCACUCAAGCCCAAGACCCCCAGAGAGGAGAUCUUGUAGCCACUCUGUGCCCCUGAGAGGAAUGGGGAGCAGGAGGAAGGCAGGGAAUAUCUCUGCAUUAGGGAAGAGGGGACAAUGAAAGCUUGAGAGGUCCGGGCUGCUAAGUCAUUUCCAAGACAGACAGACAGAGGGAGAGAGAGAGAACGUGUGUGUGUGUGUGUGUGUGUGUGUGUG